UUCCCCAGUAGCGAAAAACGAGCAGCAGUGUGUGAAUGUGGCAACCGAGGUAGACAGGGAGGGGUACAUAAGCUGGCCAGACCCAGGCUCUUGUCUUUUUUCCUUUAUUUUUCUUUUCUCGCAUAGCCAAGUGUUUACAGUUCGUGCACCGCCGCGGUUGUGAAGUUGUUUACGGGGCAGAAAAUCCGGCCGCUGCUGCUUUUCUCUGGGACUAACCGCUGUCGUUGUGAAAACAGUCCAGAAGAAAGAAAGAAGGAAAGGGAGAAACAACAUGGGGCGAUAAUUUAAAAAAAAGGUGUUGUGUUGUGAGCGGACGAUGACUCUCUGGGAGGACCCGUGAAGCUUAUUUAUUUUUAUUUAUUCCCCUCCCUUCCUUCUUCCCUCUUUCCCUGUGUCCGCUUUUGUUUUAUUAUUUUGUAACAUUUCCCCUACCCCCCUGCCAGUUUGGGAGAUUUUUUAAAGGAAAAGGCAACAAGAAGAUUGAAGAAAUGGACCAAGCCGGCAUCCUGAGAAAGUUUAUCCAGGGGGUGAAGGCCAUGAGCGACGGGAACGAUGAGAGGGGAGAGGAUAACUUCGGCAGCGACUUUAUGCGGUUACGACGGUUAUCUACCAAAUACCGGACAGAGAAGAUCUACCCGACCAACAUAGGGGAGAGAGAGGAGAAUGUGAAGAAGAACAGAUAUAAAGAUAUACUGCCAUUUGAUCACAGUAGAGUGAAGCUGAAGCUAAAAACAACCAAUCAGGACACAGAUUACAUCAAUGCUAACUUCAUUAAGGGUAUGGAUGGCCCAGAGGCCUAUAUUGCAACUCAGGGUCCACUGCCGAACUCUGUCAUCGACUUCUGGAGGAUGAUCUGGGAAUACAAUGUUGCUGUUAUUGUGAUGGCUUGUCGAGAGUUUGAGAUGGGAAGAAAAAAGUGUGAGCGGUAUUUCCCGAUGCAGGGGGAGCAGCCUAUGAGCUUUGGCCCUUUCAGAAUCUCCUAUGAAUCGGAGCAGGCCAGAACAGACUACUUCAUCAGGACUUUGACAGCACAGUAUGAAAAUGAAUCCCGUAGGAUAACGCAGUUCCAUUAUAUGAACUGGCCAGAUCAUGACGUCCCCUCAUCAUUUGAUUCCAUUUUGGAUAUGAUUGGGCUGAUGAGAGAAUACCAAGAGAACAAUGAUGUCCCAAUAUGUGUACACUGCAGUGCAGGCUGUGGGAGGACAGGAGCUAUCUGUGCUAUUGACUACACAUGGAACCUCCUCAAAGCCGGGAAAAUUCCAGAAGAUUUUAAUGUAUUCCGGUUGAUCCAAGAGAUGAGGACACAGCGACACUCGGCUGUUCAAACCAAGGAAGGAAAAAUAAGAGGGUUUCCCUUAUUUUCCACUUUUCACAAAUGUCGUGUCCAACUAUUUUGUUACUCUUGUGUGUGUGUCCAGGAUGAAAGCAGUCCUGACAAAGCAAGCAACCAAUUAUCGGAUGAUACAUGGGACACUCCACCUCCAAAACCUCCCCGCAUUCGCAGUACGCAGGUUGAAGGCGACGUAAAGGAAGAGAUCCUCCAACCCCCAGAGGCUCACCCCGUACCACCCAUUCUGACCCCAUCUCCUCCGUCAGCCUUCCCGACUGUCACGAACGUGCGACAGGACAAUGACCGCUACCAUCCCAAACCCGUCAUCCAUGUCCUCGCUACUGCGCAGCACAACGUGACAGAGGAUAAGAACACAGACCAGCAGCAGAAUCAGCUAGAGCCCAGUCCAAACAAACAGACCAGUCCCUCAGAGCAGAAAGAUCAAGAGCAACUAAGCCGAAAACAGCAGAGUCAGGUCUCAAGUCUGGAUCUCAAUGACAACUACAACAACAAAAUGUCUUCAAAGUCAGAAUCAGGCCAAAGCCAGACUCAGACCCCAUCCUCGCCCCUCUCCCCAGCUGUUGAUUGUUCUGGUGCUCCUCGAAUCGAGAGGAAGCUCAGCAUUGAGAUUAAAAAGGUGCCACUGCAAGAAGGACCUCGCAGCUUUGACACCUCCUCGUCGAUGGGAGUAGCCGGCGGACAAGGCUCCAGUUCUAGUAACAACAGCUGCGCACUGCAAAGAAGUCACGCAUUUAAAGCUCGCACUGGUCAGUCCCUUCUGACAUCCAGCUCCUCUCUGUCAGAGGACUCUGGCACAGAGGGAGGAGCUUGUGGAUGUGGAGAGAGUCAAGCAGAUGGAGGCAGCCUCGCCAGGCCGAACCACCUUCCUGUGAAGAGUGGAGAGAAGGUGGAGAAGCAGGGAGGGGAUUUGAAAGCCGGCCAUGCAGCGUGGACUCAACACAGCAACAGCCCGGACAAACAGUACCCCAAGACCACCUCCUCUUCUUCCUCCUCAGACCGUGUGGCUCCAUCCUCAUCCUCCUCCUCCCACCUCUCCUCUUCCUCCUCCUCCUCCACACCUGUUAGGACUGCCCUGAGUUUCACCAACCCCCUGCACUCUGACAACUCGGACGAGGAGGGGAAGGUGUCCGAGGAGAUGUCCGGAGGAGGAAAGGAAGCUUUUCGUACAAGCGUAUCCACAGCGACUGCCACCGUAACGGCAUCCUCUCAACAUGGAGACCAGCAGCCGGUCAGAAAGGUGUCGCCGAUGUCAAUUGCAGGGCAGAUCACACCAACGGUCUCUCCAUCCUUAGCAAACUGCUGGGACAGCGACGACUCCCCUCCCCCUCUCCCCGAGCGAACCCCUGAGUCCUUCAUACUGGCCACAGACCCUUUGGAAGCGAAAACAUCAGCUUCAGCCGAGUGGAGUUCACAUAAAGAUGCGUCUGACUGUGCGACGACCUCUCCAGCCGACCUUCCAUCUGCUGGCACCACAACAAGCAACAACAGCAAGCCAGAGCUGGGGUUCGGUAACCGCUGCAUUCAGCCCAAAGGUCCUCGACGACCCCCCCUGGAGUGGACAUGAUGGAACAGUCCAGCUGCCCGUCCACCACCACUGUCCUCCCUUGUCAGGAGAUGGGGUCUACCAACCUCACCUGGCUGGUCCAAAAACCAAGAUGAUAGAUGCUACGCAUUUCAUAGAAAAACCUUCUGAGUGACUGUUUGCCAGUACCCUCCUCUUCCUCCUCCUCCUCCUCAGUCCUCCCUGCAAAGUGCCACUGUGCCGAGCAGGGACAGUCAAGAGGCUAGAAUGUUCUCCUCCUCAGCUUGCUGAUGUUGGCAGGUUUGACUACUCUAGAUGCUGACCUGGGAUCAGUUAUUUCCCUGUUUUAAUAAAGGAUAAUUCCUGUGGGGGGUUUUUCUCACCUUUGUUUUUUUUUUUUUUUUUUUGGGGGGGGGGGGUGACUGGAGAGAAGACUAAGAGCGGGCAUGUUUUUCCUCCAUGAGCUGUAGACACCUCACUUUUAAGGCUGUUACAUGUCAAAUAUAAAUAAUAAGUGUUCAGGCUGAGCGCUUUGUUUAAAGCCAAAUGAGAAUUUUUUUUCCUCCUAUAUCAGGAAUUACCUUAAAUUAGAAAAACUACUGUGGGAGGCUGAACUCCCAGAAGUUGUCUGUUGCCUCCUACUGAACGAACAACAAUCUUGAAAGCGAACUUCGAUAAUCUGUUACCCAUUUCUGUUGGGUAUGCACAGGUUGCCAGGGUGCUCUCUCUUUGUCUCUCUCUCCCUGUUUCAAAGUGCUGGUGCUACAUUACAAAGGAUCGUCACGGAAACGAAAGCGCUAGAGCUCACUGUUACCCGUUUCUCACUGCUGUUAGCUCUGCCAUUUUACACGUCCAUGCUUCUCUGCCAGAGUGACAGGUUAACAAAGUUUGGCCAUUGUGGUGUUCAUUAAAGUGCAGCUGGUGAUUUUAUGGCAGCGGGCAGUAAUAGUUGUGUCAAUGUCUCAGUGGCAACUAACUGAGCUUUAAAAAAUAAAUAAAUAAAAAAAAUAAAAAAAA